AUGCGAAUCACGUGGUUAGAAAAAGCAUUCACUGGUUAUCGAAUUGUAUAUCGUUGUGAUGCGACAGGUGCCGAUUUUGGUUUCGAUAUAUCGUCAUCAAGUCGUGGUUAUAAUUUAACUGGAUGUCCUUAUUUUACAACACCUCAAAAUGCUUGUCAUGAUACUGCCUUUCAACGAGAUAAUGGUACAAUUUGUAUUCAAAAUUUCGCUAUGGUUCCUCGAGGAAAUUGUAGUUUUUCUGAAAAGGCUUAUCAUGUACAAAGAGCGCAGCCAGAACCAUAUCAAGGUAUUAUUAUAUAUAAUAGAGGUCCUCCAAUACACAUGGCUGGUAAUAAAUUUGCUGAUGAAGUUUUUAUACCAGUUAUAAUGAUUGGUGAAUCUUGCAUGAUUAAUAUUAUGGAACAGUAUCCCUCGCGAAAUGGUUAUGUGGUCGCUAUAAGGUCAAUACCUGGAUAUUUUGAUUUGUUAAAAUAUCUCGUUCCGUUUAUUGCAGUUGUCGCAUUUUGCUUCGUUAUUCUCUUCGUUUCUCUGUUAAUUCGAUUAUGUCGUGAACGAAGAUUACUGGCAAGAAAACGGUUAUCUAAAGGUAGUUUAAAGAAAAUACCAAUCAAAAAGUUUAAAAGAGGCGAUUGUGAUUCUGGUAUAUGCGUUAUAUGUUUAGAUGAAUUCAUCGAUGGCGAAAAAAUUAGAAUUUUGCCUUGUAAUCAUGUGUAUCACUGUAAAUGCGUUGAUCCAUGGUUAACAAAAAAUCGAAAGGUUUGUCCAAUAUGCAAAAGAAAAGUGUGUUCUUCUGGUAAUUCCGAUUCAUCAGAUUCCGAAACGGAAAGGCGACAAAGUACUUCUGUAGCAGAUGGAUUAGCGACAACUUCGCGUGAAAAUGCACCUUUAUUAAGACAUCAGCAACCGAUAGCAUCUAGUCAUAUUCAUCCAUCAACAAAUAAUAAUGUUCAGUUUAAUAUAUCAGAUGAGUCAAUUGGUGAUUCUGGUUUUAUUAAUAGCUUGCGUUCGAGAUUUCGAUCUCUUGUACAGUCGAUUACUGCAAGAUUUACAACUCAAGAUAAUUCAAAUCAAACGCAUGAUAACAGAAUUAAUAUCAAUGGAAAUCGGUUAUUUGCGGCUGAAAAUAACGGUUUUGAUGAACAAGAAGGCACAGCAAGUUUACAUUCUCAGGUGAUCGCCAAUGAAGCUCUUCGAUUUCCACGUGAUUCAGUUUCUCAGUGGCAAACCACCGACGUGUCACGAAGCUGA